GGCCUUUCAACACCCAACCCUGAAGCAAGGGUGCUAAUAAUAUUCCCUCAGCCAUUGUCUGAAAGUGAGAAACGUCACUUGAGCAAGUACGGAAAGCGGCCGCGUGGAGGCUUACUCGGUCAAAAAACCAAGGAACGGACGUACUUUGACUCCGGCGACUUUGCUCUUUCCGCCGCUCAUCGAGUGACCGAUCUCGGCGCUAUUCAAACAGGCAGAGCGCAUCCCCAUCGUGAAAAUAUUUCGCGCCCUUCCCCUGUCCCAGCUGCCAGUAACCUUGACAAGAAAGUCAACGAGAAUUUCCAUAGGAGGGAUGCAAGUCCCCAAAAGAGUCCUCUCCAUCGGCAAACUAAUGAAGACCCCACAGACGAGGACAAUCUCUUCUCUUUCGAAGAUUGA